AUGAAUCCAAAAAAUUAUUCAUCCUGUGAACUACCAGAUCAUGAUUCUGAAUUUCUAAAUAUGGUUUGUACUAAUCAUUAAUGCAAAAAAAAUCGAAAAUUAUUGUGUUCCCAUUGUUAAUUAAAUCAUUAAGAAUGUAUAAAAAUUUCAUUAAGAAAAUUCACUCAAAUCUAUUAAGAUCAAAUAAAUCCUUAUAAUUUAGAAUCUUUGAAAAAAUAAUAUAACGAGUAUUGAAUUAUUUCUUAAUGUUAGUUUGAAUAAACAUUUUAAUUAAAUUGAAGAAACAUUAGAUUACUCUUACAAAUUUUUUAAUGACAAAUUGAAUCAAAUCAAAACAUCAAUUAAUCAGUAAUUAAAUAACAAAUAUAUUUAUUUAGUGUAAAAAAAUAAAUCUAUUCAAAUCAAUCUGAUACAUCCAAAUAAAAAUAAUUUUUAAACUUAUAAUAAUUUGAAUUAGAACCAUCUAUCGAAAAUUUCAAUAAUCUUCUUGCAGAUAUUGAAUCCUUUAAACCUAAUUCAGAUAAGAUCCCGUUUAAAGUCAAGAAUAUCGGUCCUCCUAAAUUUUUAAAUGAGGAUAUUAAUAAUAUGGAAAUUAUUGUUUCAAAAUUCUAAAAAGCUGCUUAAACAAUAACUGAGUAAUAUCGAAAUUUAUUUGAUACUUUCCAAAAGAAUAUCAAAAACUUAUUCCCAAAUAUUCUCAUAGAAUAAUUGAGUAAUAAUUCAAGUGUUCCUUCGUUUAAUCCAAUUAAUAAUUAAUAAUAAUAAUAAUAAUAAUAAUAAUAAUAAAAAUCUAGAUAAAUUUAAAAUGAUCAAAAUAUUUAAGUUUCAAGUAAUAAAUAGUAAAUAAAUAAAUCAAUUACUUAACCAAUUCAUUAAAAUGAAUAAUUUGUAGAUUAAACAAUACUUAAUAUUAAAACAGAAGAGAAUAAAUAAGAUAAAUAUGAUAUUUAAAAAGAAUAUUAUAAAUCAAAUAUUCAUACUUUAGUUUCAAAUUAAAUAUGUAAUUAUUUAGAAAUGUAUAUAAAGCAUCUAUUUAAAAUAAUAAUUCACUUGAAAAUGAUAUAGUUUUAGAAGUUAAUGAUGAAAAGUAAUUUAACUUUAAACUUGAAGGAUCAGAAAUUACUAAAAUGCUACUUAUAAAUGAAAAUAUAAUUUUUGGAAUAGGUGGAACAAAGUUUUAUAUCUUUGAUGUUUCAUCUUAGUAGGCUAAGAAUGAGAAUGUUUAAAGCAUUCUAACUAUUUCAGAAGAUGCUGGAUUUAUUGAUUUAGCAUAUUUUAGGUUGGAUGAGCAAAAUGGAUAUAUUUAUUUAGCAACUAAAAAAGGGAGUAUCUUGAAAUUCUUAGCUGAAGGAAAAAAGAAUAUCAAAAUUAAAUAAGAUUAGAUGUAACCUAAAAUAAUUGAUUAACCUGGAAUGCUCUAAAUUUUAAUAAGUGAAGAGGGUGACAAAUUAUAUAGUAUUGGAGAGGAAAUGAAAGUCAAGAUUUGGUCCUUAAAUAAUAUGGAGUUUAUAAAGAGUUUAUUAUUGGAAGAAAAUGCAACAGCAUUUCAUAUGGAUUGGAAGAUUCUAUUUAUUGGAGGAAAGAACUCAAUCACGAUUUGGGAUUAGAUCACUUUAAAAAAUGAAAAUUUGGUAGUUUCGAAAUAGAAAGUAAAAAAAAUAUUGACAAAUACAUCCAAAUUAUUUUUAGGUUUGGAAGAUUACAUUAAGAUUUAUACUUUUACAAACUAAAGAAAAUUAGAAUUUUUUACAAAUAUACCAUGUUAAAAAAUUAAUUUGAUUCAAACAAUAAAGACUUAUUCUAUCUUAGUUAUUUCAUAUACUUUUGUAUAAAUUGACAAUUAUAUUAUAUUAGAAAUAAGAAGAAAAAGUGUGUUUAUAUGAUUAUGAAGAUGAAUUACCUCCUAAAGAACUAUUGGAAUAAUCAGCAUAAUGUUGUUCAGUAUAUGAGUAAAAUAAGGUUAAUUAUUUGGCAUUUAUUCAAAAAACAGGUAUAUGUGUUACAUUUAAAAUGGAAUAGAAAUAUUAGUUGGCAUAAUGA